AUGUCGGUGGGGGAGCUCAUUGGUAUUGUGUUCGCCCCAACUUGGUGGGAUGAACCCAUGGAGACGUGGUACUUGCUUAUCUACGUGAGCUCGAUGGGGCAUAUGACUUCGCACGCUGGAGAUGGUUCGGGUGGGCAACAAGCACCCCACAAGGUGUACGAGUUCGAUCUCCGAGACCGCUACAUGAACAAGCACUUGGAAUGGGUUAAGGCCAAGGGCAAGCCGGAGGUGCCGGAGGUGCCAGAGGAGAACGUGACAUAUGUAACAAGAAGCCAGGCUGACCUUUGCAGUCGCAUGGCAUCUUGGCAUUACAUGGCAAACAAUGUGGAGGACGACCUAAGUAAAGUGGCAGGAAUUGACAGCCACAUGUUUUACAUGAGCUGGGUGGAUCCUGAGAAUGAGGUGGACAAGUGUAUCCACGUCAAUUUCACAGCGACAGUGGACGGCUGCACGAGUACCUUCUUCGCUGAGCUCGUCGGGCCAGCCUACCCGGGGUUCGUGGUGACGAUGUGUGUGGAGUGUCGGCCAGGAGAUGCCAUGCACAACUGCCGGUUCUGCUCCGGGCUGUGGCACCCGAUGGAGGGCGGCUUUCACGGGCAUAAGAAGGUAUCUCGACGGAAACGCCGUGCGCCCGUGCAGUCCUGAAACAUCUUCUCUGCAGCGACAAUUCCUAUAGUUUCCGUAGGCUAGAGUUAAUUUCCGUAAGUCUAGGAAACUAUUGGUGGUGUAUCUAAUUUAUUCGCUCGAGACCGCCAAGUAGCAUGAAAUCUGACGCUGCUAGCUUAACUUUUGUUUGAUUCAAAUGCCAGCUUAACUGGAGGAGAGACAAAGUGUGUGCACUUAAUUUACCGGUGACACACGAUAUAACUAUUGUUAUUAAACAUGGUUGGUCUUAAUUUUACAUGACAUUUGUUUCAUAAAGAAAAGAUGCUUAGAGCAUCUUCACCGGUGCCCCCGAUAGCGGUC